GCCCACCUGGUCUUCCCUUGCCCUACGCCGAGCCCCGGGCCUGCCCGCUCCGCAGGCAACUUUAAGACAUUGCUGUCUGAGAAGCUUGAAAUUGAUUUUUUGCCUGUGAAAACUGGAAAAUGUUUAAAAAUCAGUAUCAGGGUGGCCCAUUUGUUGAAAUAUUUAGUGCUCAAGGCAAGAACCCAGAAGCAAUAUGGAAGAUUUCUGGCAAUCCAUCAGCUAUAUGGAAAGAAUAUGAUAAAGAAGUAAAAGGCUUUGUUUUUGUACUUGAAGGAAACAGUCAAGUCAACAAAAUGCAGCUACCAAAGGAAACCAGACAAACAUUGGGACUGAUCCAGAGAUUUCUGACACUUCAGAUUUUUGUGCCACUGGGACGAGACUUCUCCACUGAGUUACUGAUAACUGAUUUAGGAAAUAUUAAAAGAAGAUUGUAUUUAUCAACAGUCCAUAAGGAGUUGUCUGUAACCCCUCUGCAUGCAAAAAUUCCGCUGCUUACAAUGAAGCGCAGAAUAUGGUGCAAUAUGUGUAUUGACUUGGUAGGAUUCACCAGUGAAAUAUUCAGAGGAGCUGCCUUCCAGUCUUUGGAUGGAAUUAGUAUUUCAGCUAACUGUAAACUGAGAAAGAUCUUCACUUUAAAAUGCAAGCCUCAAGAUACAGCUGAGAAAGAUGCCAUGUGUGGUGUUCCAGUUAUGCCAUGUGAGCCCACAGAUGUUAUUCCUCUAACCUGCCAGCUAAAUAAAGAUGUGCCACAAGUUACACAAUUGCUGAACAUGACCAAAAUUCACAAGUCAGAAAUAAAAUGCAGGACACAUCCAGUCAGACUGCAAGAAACAGGUAGCUCAAUUAAUAGAGGACAACGCAGUAUACGCACAGGUAAAACCCAGGAUGUAUCGCAUAUUGCGUUUGGAUCAAAGAUCCUUGGGCCACCUCCGUCUUCAAACAGAAGAGUCAGUACAAGGGUAUCUGGAGAGGGAACAAAGACCUGCAGCAGCAAAAGUAAUAAAUCUUGCCGACUUCAAGUCAAGGGAAAGGGAGCUGGAUCCAUACAAGACACUGAGAGAUUGGAGCUGUUGUUCUCACUGUGCAAUGAUUCUUUAGAUCACGAAGUCAAAAGAAAUACUCACCAAACAACUAAAGAUAUAUGUCAACAUGACCCUGCAGUUCAGACUCAGGAUACCUCUGAGAGUGGAAGAGUAGAUUUUCAGCUUGACUCAUCAGAAGGAACAUCAGCAGACAAAAAGAGUCACAGAAGAUUAUCUUUAAAAGAUGCAGCCAAAACUACAUGGAAAAUAUCCAGUGAUGAAUGGGUGUUUCCAAAAAGUCUCACUGAGAGUGUGCAGUUGGAUAGGAGUGAGCAGUUUGUAGUUGCUGAAGAUUCAGCCUGCUGUAAUGUAACCUUGCCAAAGAAUGCCUCAGUUGAGCAUCACAGCAAUGAAACAGGUGAUCACCAAGUGAGUAAUAAAGAGUCUUCAACAUUUUCAUCAAGACCUCAAUCAGCUCCUCGUGGGAAUUCUCCAGAUAUGGCACCAGAAUGUGGCAUUUUCCAUUUGGAUUUGAAGCAAGAUAGUAGUGCAGUACAUGGGAAAACCCAGAUUGAAGAUAAUGUUCAAGGAACUGACAGCAGUGAAGAGGAUGACAGCGGUGAGUUUAUCCAGAGAACAGAGAACCUUGAGAUCAGCCACAGCAGGCCAGGAGCAUCUGAUUCAGCAGUUUUUAAAGAGAGCCCAUUAAAGAGAAUGUCAUGGAGAAAUGAAUACUGCAAGAAUAAGGGAUGCAGCAAACACAACCUAGAAGAGACUAUCUUAUCAAAACCACAGAGUUCCACUGUGAGCAAAACAGAUUGUGUUAGCUCUCAGAAAAGCUUAAAGCCUACUCUUUCUCUGUCUCCAACCACAAGUAAAUCUGCAUUCUUUAAAGAAUUUCCAAAUGGAUCUGAGAAAAAUGAAAGCUAUGAAAGAGUUUCUGGUCAGUUAAAAAGGCCUGUCAGUAAAAAAUCUCUGAAGAACAUCUCAAGAGAAAAUUCAUGUCUGACAACACAGAGUUUUGAGUACGACUGGAAAUACUACCAGUCAAACAGACUCAGUUCAUCUGAACUACAGAUGCUGGCUAGCAUGAAGAGACAGCAAAGUGAAGAAUCAGGGGAUACUGGGAUCUCCCAUGGGCUGAGUGCAUCACAGAUAGAUAACUGCAAUGUUAGCUUAAGUACAAGCAGUGAAGAUACAGCAACCUGGAACUCUUGUUUCCCGCCACCCACCAGUCAGGAUCAUCACUAUCAGAAAGAAAUGAGCCCACUUUCUCACUCCAGCUCAUGGGACUGGAUGGGCGCGUUCAGUCCCCCCAUUAUUCCUAGAAGCCAACAGCUGGAAAAGCACACUAGAUCUUCAACAAAUCAGAGUACUCCAGGUGACCUCAGUGACCUCAGUACUGAAGAAGAUAAGGAAAUGUUGACUCUUCUGUAUGAUCCAUGUCUGAACUGUUACUUUGAUCCGAAUUCUGGGAAAUACUAUGAAUUGGCAUAGUUGGAUUGUGAGACGAUAUAAAUUUAUAUUUGGAGUAUUAUUCAAUGCUUCGUACAGUGUGACUGAGCUGCAUAAGUUAUCAUGAAACUUAAAAUUUGAGUUAACUGAUAGUUUUACAAACAGAUUAAUAUAUUUUGUAAACAGCAUAUUAUUUUUAUAGUUCUCUGUUAAGUUGUAAUGCAGUGGAACUUUACAUAAUAUGAAAGUUCCUUGUGACUGUGACAUUUGUUAGUCCAAUUUAUUUGCAGUAUUCAGAGGUUCUGUAUCAAACAAGCUAAGUUGAAUAAAGGUUUGUGAUGUUAUGGUUUUACUCAAACAAAAUGUUUUCAUUGCUUGUUUACUGUGUAUUUUUAAUUGGUUGUCUGCUAUCUUAUUCCUUGUCCAGUAAGAUACAGUGUUCAAAGACCUCCAUUUCAUAAGCUGUCCCUUUAGUCAUCAGAGAAAGCAGUAUUUUCCUCAUCUUCAAGGAGUUGUUUACUGUUGCAUGUUAGAGUAAUGGGAUGAUGGUAAAGCUGCCGUGUGUGCAGUGUGGUGCAUUUUAAACUGCAUGGACCAUUUAUAAAUGGAGACCAAAAGCCAGGUAAAUAUGCAGGCUCUGGGAGAACCAGCUACUGUCUACUUUACUGAUGUAAUUUAACACAGGACUGAAGAGCAGGAAGAAUGAUUGGCUAAACACUCAAAAACUGGAGCCUUAUUUCAUGUAAGGCAAGGUGCAUAUAUAAUUCAUAUGGGAAGCUGUGCUCAGAGUGCAGCUGUUACAUGUUUGCAUUAGUUUUUACAUUAUACCUUCCAAUGAAAUACUGUGAUUAACCU